CCGGGGGCGGGAGGCAGGUGGGGGUCCUGGGAAUGAACCUGUGCCCCGUGUGUACCCCUUAGAAAGCAGGAGGUGGCUUCGGGCAUGUUGCCCAAGGAGAUGGUUUGCUCCCUUCUCCUCUAAAAAUAAGUUGACACUCUGUGUUGCCCACCAGCUUGGUCCGUGAGUGUUCCUCUUCCAAAAGUAGCGGCACUUUCCACUUUGCCAGGAGCCUGGCCCCUAGGAAAUUGGGGCCCACACACAUUCCUGGGCGACCCCCUGUGUGUGAUCCUCUUAAAAAAAAAUAAUAGUAAUGAUAAUAACAACGACUUCGUUUUUAGUUAUGGCUAUGACCUGUCUCCAGAAUGCCGACAACCACUUGUUGCCUUAUUCUCUUUCAUAGAGACCUUCGCACAUCCCGCUAGCUCUGAGCCCAGAAGGACAGAAACUGAGGGAAACAGGAUAGAGCCAGGAUCCUACUAAGUCAAUUUGAGCAUAGUUGGGUUCUUAAGGAAGCUGACCCAUUGCCUAAGGGCCACAGGACCUGUAGUUUCCAGUGGUGUUUUUCAAGUCCAAGGCUGUAAAGGUCAGAGAACCCAGUGCAGGCUGUCACAGCAGCUCAAGUAUCCUGAACUGCCUUGUUCAAAUCGCUAAGUCAGGACUUUAAAGUUAGCACUUGUGGGCGAUUUCUCUUAAGGUCGGAUUGAAAAUAUCGUUAUUCCCCUAGCUGUUUGGAUAUAUUCUUCAGCAAAAACAAACGUGUUCCCAUUAGCAAGAGAAGUGGUAGAAUGAAAAGCCUUUGAAUAAAAGAUUUCCCUUUUAAACGAUUCAUGAAAUAUAUAUAUAAUACAUAUAUAAUUGAGCGAUGUGAGAGGCAUUGAUAGAAUAAUUAGCUGCAGUUGCACUGAUGAAAAGAUUUGUUUCUCUGCUCCAAUUAUGUUUUGAGUUCUUUUUGAAGUUUUGAUUGUUGGGUGUGCAUGAUGCCUUUUUUUAGUUUAUACAACAUGUCUAGUUUUAUAAAUCAUAACCCAAUCUUUGUUUAUAGUUUUAUCCAGGUUUUAAACCUUAAUAAGUUCUGCACUUGUGUACUUAUGUAAAGCUACCACCAACAACACAGGAAAGAUUUUCUAAAAAAUCACUCCUGACUUACAUGUUAAAGUCCAUAACUGCUACUUGGAAUGGUCAUGUGUGUUUUUGUUUCAGAUUUUUUUUUCUUACAAUUUUCUUGUGUUACAUGUAAGUGGUGAAUAGUCUUUAUAAUCUAGUCUAUCUGGGCUAUGAAAAGAGGGAUUGAUUGAUUAUGUCUGGACAAGGAAAGUAACCAGAGUUUUCUUUCAGGAAGCUGAGCCCUGCCCCCAACGUAUUUCUGUAGCAUUUUUCUUUCCCCUUCAUAUGCACUUAGUGUUUCUUUUCUUCUCCAGUCUUUGUUUCCUCUGAAAUGCAUGCUAUAACACGAAGCUUUGAAAACCUGACUUCUUCUCUCAGACAAAAACACUUUAUGUUUUUAAGAAUCACUUAAAUGCAGUUUCAAGUGCAAGGUAGAUAGCAUCGAUGCUGAGUGUUGCUUUGUGUUUACCUCAGAGUAAAACAGAAUAGCUAGUUGAAAGUUAUAAGUAAUGCUUGAAGUUUCAGAUUCUUCUGUUAUUUUGAAAUACAGAUGAUGAAGUUUCUUGACUAAAUCAUCUGCUCCCUGUGACAUUAAAAACCAUUGACUGGAUGGUAUUUGUUACUGUUGGUGUAUCGGAGCUGAAGUUGCUUUGACACUGUGUGCCAACCUGCCUCUGGCAUGUGCUCCUCACAGAGUUCUGAGCAUUGUUACAUAGUAGCAUAAUUACUGCACAAUAGAGGAUGCUGCUCUUCUGUAACGGUUCAUAAGUGGAUCUUCUACGUUUUAUGCCUCCUCCAUAUCAGCAUAUGUAAUUCAUCAAAGGAAAUCAAAUUUUCAAGUCAUAAAAGAGAAAAUGAAAUUACAUAAUGAUCUGCAAUUAUUGCCUUUGUUGUGCACUGCAUCAUGUUAAUAACCGCUCACACUGCUUUCAAUUAAUCUAAUGCUGAUUGCUUCUAACCUUUACUAAACAGUUUCGAAAUUGCUGUAGUUUAGCCUGCGACGCUUGUGAUUAGAGACAACAGUUUGAAAUGGCCAGCUCACCUGAUGCGGUUGUCUCCACUCCACCCACUUUCUUAAGGUCUGGCUCAGUUUAUGAACCUCUUAAAAGCAUUAAUCUUCCAAGAGCUGAUAAUGAAACUCUGUGGGAUAAACUGGAUCAUUAUUACAAGAUUGUCAAGUCAACGUUGCUGCUGUAUCAAAGCCCAACCACAGGUCUGUUUCCCACUAAAACCUGCGGUGGUGAUCAGAAGGCCAAGAUCCACGACAGCCUGUACUGUGCUGCUGGGGCCUGGGCUUUGGCUCUUGCGUACAGGCGCAUUGAUGAUGACAAGGGAAGGACUCAUGAGCUGGAGCAUUCGGCUAUAAAAUGUAUGAGAGGAAUUCUCUACUGCUAUAUGCGCCAGGCCGAUAAGGUCCAGCAGUUUAAGCAAGAUCCACGCCCAACAACCUGUCUCCACUCUGUCUUCAAUGUGCAGACGGGAGAUGAAUUACUGUCCUAUGAGGAAUAUGGUCAUCUUCAGAUCAAUGCAGUGUCCCUCUACCUCCUUUACCUUGUGGAAAUGAUUUCCUCGGGACUCCAGAUCAUCUACAAUACUGAUGAGGUCUCUUUUAUUCAAAACCUUGUAUUUUGUGUGGAAAGAGUUUACCGUGUCCCUGACUUCGGUGUAUGGGAAAGAGGAAGCAAAUAUAAUAACGGCAGUACAGAGCUACAUUCCAGCUCUGUUGGCUUAGCAAAGGCAGCUUUAGAAGCAAUUAAUGGAUUCAACCUUUUUGGUAACCAGGGCUGUUCUUGGUCUGUUAUAUUUGUGGAUCUUGAUGCUCACAAUCGCAACCGGCAAACUUUGUGCUCAUUAUUACCCAGAGAAUCAAGAUCUCAUAACACAGAUGCUGCCCUCCUCCCUUGUAUCAGUUAUCCUGCAUUUGCCCUGGAUGAUGAUGUUCUGUUUAACCAGACACUUGAUAAGGUCAUUAGAAAAUUGAAAGGAAAAUAUGGAUUUAAGCGCUUCUUGAGAGAUGGCUACAGGACUUCACUGGAAGAUCCCAACAGACGCUACUAUAAACCAGCCGAAAUUAAGCUAUUUGAUGGCAUUGAAUGUGAAUUUCCCAUAUUUUUCCUUUACAUGAUGAUUGAUGGAGUUUUUAGAGGCAAUCCUCAACAAGUAAAGGAGUAUCAGGAUCUUUUGACUCCAGUGCUUCAUCAGACCACAGAAGGAUAUCCUGUGGUACCCAAGUACUAUUAUGUGCCAGCUGACUUUGUAGAAUAUGAAAAAACAAGCCCUGGUAGUCAAAAGCGAUUUCCGAGCAAUUGUGGCCGUGAUGGGAAACUGUUUCUAUGGGGACAAGCCCUUUACAUCAUUGCAAAACUCCUGGCUGAUGAGCUAAUCAGUCCCAGGGACAUUGAUCCUGUCCAGCGUUACGUGCCACUACAGAAUCAACGUAAUGUGAGCAUGAGGUAUUCCAAUCAGGGUCCACUGGAAAAUGAUUUGGUCAUUCAUGUAGCACUGGUUGCAGAAAGCCAACGCCUUCAAGUUUUCCUCAACACAUAUGGUAUUCAAACUCAAACGCCUCAACAGGUAGAACCCAUUCAGAUAUGGGCUCAACAGGAGCUUGUGAAGGCAUAUUUUCACCUGGGUAUCAAUGAAAAAUUAGGACUCUCUGGAAGGCCAGACAGGCCCAUUGGCUGCCUCGGAACAUCAAAGAUUUACCGAAUUCUGGGGAAGACUGUCGUUUGUUAUCCCAUCAUCUUCGACCUCAGUGAUUUCUACAUGUCCCAAGAUGUUUUACUACUGAUAGAUGACAUAAAGAAUGCACUGCAGUUCAUUAAGCAAUAUUGGAAAAUGCAUGGCCGCCCACUUUUCCUUGUUCUCAUCAGGGAAGACAAUAUACGAGGUAGCCGGUUCACCCCCAUACUGGAUAUGCUGGCAGCCUUAAAAAAAGGAAUGCUUGGAGGAGUUAAAGUUCAUGUGGAUCGCCUGCAGACACUAAUAUCUGGAGCCGUAGUAGAACAGCUGGACUUCCUACGAAUCAGCGAAUCCGAAGAACUUCCAGAAUUUAAGAGUUUUGAGGAACUAGAACCUCCCAAGCAUUCCAAAGUCAAACGACAAAGCAGCACCUCCAAUGCUCCUGAACACGAAGAGCAGCCAGACGUCUGCGUCGCUGAAUGGAGAAACAGACCCACCAAUGAAAUCCUUCAGAAACUGAAUGAUUGCAGUUGUCUGGCUAGCCAAACCAUCCUGCUGGGUAUACUGCUCAAAAGAGAGGGCCCGAACUUCAUCACAAAAGAAGGUACCGUUUCUGAUCACAUCGAGAGAGUCUAUAGAAGAGCUGGCAGCAAAAAGCUUUGGUCGGUUGUACGGCGUGCAGCAAGUCUUUUAAAUAAAGUAGUGGACAGCCUGGCCCCAUCCAUUACUAAUGUUUUAGUGCAGGGCAAGCAGGUAACUCUGGGUGCCUUUGGACAUGAAGAAGAAGUUAUCUCUAAUCCUUUGUCUCCAAGAGUAAUUAAGAACAUCAUCUAUUAUAAGUGUAACACCCAUGAUGAAAGAGAAGCAGUCAUCCAACAAGAACUGGUCAUCCAUAUUGGUUGGAUCAUCUCUAAUAACCCGGAAUUAUUCAGUGGCAUGCUGAAAAUUCGAAUCGGGUGGAUCAUCCACGCUAUGGAAUACGAGCUACAGAUCCGCAGCGGAGACAAGCCAGCCAAAGAUUUGUAUCAGCUGUCGCCCAGCGAAGUGAAACAGCUGCUGUUGGAUAUUCUCCAGCCUCAACAAAACGGAAGAUGUUGGCUGAACAAGCGACAGAUCGAUGGGUCUUUGAAUCGAACUCCCACUGGGUUCUACGACCGAGUGUGGCAGAUCCUGGAGCGCACGCCCAAUGGUCUCAUUGUAGCGGGGAAACACUUGCCACAGCAACCAACCCUGUCAGAUAUGACCAUGUAUGAGAUGAAUUUCUCUCUCCUUGUUGAAGACAUGUUGGGGAAUAUUGACCAGCCAAAGUACAGACAAAUCAUUGUGGAGCUGCUAAUGGUUGUAUCCAUUGUGCUGGAAAGAAACCCUGAGCUAGAAUUUCAAGACAAAGUGGACCUAGACAAACUCGUGAAAGAAGCAUUUCAUGAAUUUCAAAAGGAUGAGAGUCGGCUAAAGGAAAUUGAAAAACAAGAUGACAUGACUUCCUUCUACAACACUCCCCCUCUGGGGAAGAGAGGGACUUGCAGCUACUUGACCAAGGUGGUGAUGAAUUUGCUGCUGGAAGGAGAAGUCAAGCCAAGCAACGAGGACUCCUGUCUGGUCAGCUAGUAAGGGAGAUGCGGGAGGCCCACCCGAGGCGCAUUGCUUACAAGUUAGUCAAGUUUUGUGUGGAAGCUUAAUCUGUGCGGCCAAUAACAUGUGGUCCGGCCAUUGCCAUACCCUUGCCAUGGCCAGUGUAAUAAUGAUAAGAAAUACUUUCAAUCAAGUGAAAAUGAAUUCUCGUGAUUAUGCCUUUGCAAAAGAAAUCUUCAUUGAACAAUGGAGAUAGUUUCUGAGUUGAAAAUUCACUGCUGCAUGCUUUCUGAUAAAAGAGCUCAUCAAAUGAGUGUGCUUAAGGUUCAAUUCUCACCUUCCUGCCAUUAAAAUGGAUCUGCCAACUAAUAAUGCAUAGUGGAAGCCAAAACAUUGAAAGAAUGGUGAACUUUUCUUAGUGGCAUUGUCAUGCCAGAAGGAAAAAAAAAGAUAUUGAUAUAUGUCACAAAAGCAGAAUCAGCCAACUGAUAUUUGUCUCUCAACAGCUACAUUAUUGAUAUUUUCAUAUCAAGAGCUGUUAUAUAAUUUUUACCUUAUAACAUGACAAUGGUUUUGUAUUUGUGAUAAGUAUAGGGCCUAGACUAAAAUAUAAUUAAUAAAUUAUGCUUUAUCAAAUACUUUCUUUGAGAUUUAGAAAAGAAUAAGAUGAAUAGGACUGUUCAGAAGUAUGUUAACUUCAGGACUGUUACACUUAUUGGUGUGAGUUAAAACCUUUUAAAUCAUUAAAUUUUAUUUCUAAAUUGA